AUUAUUUCUCUUAAUAUUUUUAUACGUACGAAUUUUUAACUUGCAACUCUAAAUGGCUAAAAUCGAUACUACAGUAAUUGUAUGACCGCCAUGUUCGUCUCUUCGUAGUCUGUGGCCAUUUGUGUGAACUGAACACUGCGCUGAAGUUCGCUGCAUACAGACGGAACCUGACUGUGUGCGCAAUCCAAUCCUUUACUGUUUAUAAAUAAAUAUCUGUAAAUUUGCAUAAAAUACGACAAGGUGUGUAUAAAAAUCAGAAAUACAUAAUUGAGAUUUGAUAUCUGCGUCGUUUGACUAUUUGAGAAUAUCAAUGCGUAGGUACCGCGUUUGAAGUACAUACUAUAUUAUACAUCUACUAAAGCGGCGGUAAUAUCCUUUUCUAGGUAGAUGGCGGAAUCAAGUACAAUGGAGCCAGAGAGGGAUCCCCUCCCUAUCAUUGGCCAGGGAACUAGUGAAAUUGUUCCAAGUAUACGCAGCGACGUGAUUAGGAGUGGCGAAGCAGUCCUAAGUGGUGAGGUCAUUCCAAAAAGUCAGAUUGAACCACUUAGCGAAGUUGUUGCUAGUACCAGCAGCAGCGUUAUGAGUAGUAACGACGUUGUGCCAAGUGACGAAGUCAUGCCAAGCAAUGAGAUCAAACCAAAUACCCAAGCUGUUCCAAGUAACUCUAGAGACGGGAUUAAGGUUGGCGACGUAGUCACAAGUGAUGAGGAUGUUCCGAUAAACAAGAUGCUACCAUACACCCAAGCGGUUUCAAGUACCUCUACUGAGGGGAUUAAGAGUAGGGACGUAGGCUCAAGUGAUGCAAACGUUCCAAGAAACAAGAUGCUACAAUACACCCAAGCGGUUCCAAGUACCUCUACUGAGGGGAUUAAGAGUAGAGACGUAGGCUCAAGUGAUGCAAACGUUCUAAAAAACAAGAUGCUACAAUACACCCAAGCGGUUCCAAGUACCUCUACUGAGGGGAUUAAGAGUAGGGACGUAGGCUCAAAUGAUGCAAACGUUCCAAGAAACAAGAUGCUACAAUACACCCAAGCGGUUCCAAGUACCUCUACUGAGGGCAUUAAGAGUAGGGACGUAGGCUCAAGUGAUGCAAACGUUCCAAGAAACAAGAUGCUACAAUACACCCAAGCGGUUCCAAGUACCUCUACUGAGGGCAUUAAGAGUAGGGACGUAGGCUCAAGUGAUGCAAACGUUCUAAAAAACAAGAUGCUACAAUACACCCAAGCGGUUCCAAGUACCUCUACUGAGGGGAUUAAGAGUAGGGACGUAGGCUCAAGUAAUGCAAACGUUCUAAAAAACAAGAUGCUACAAUACACCCAAGCGGUUCCAAGUACCUCUACUGAGGGCAUUAAGAGUAGGGACGUAGGCUCAAGUGAUGCAAACGUUCUAAAAAACAAGAUGCUACAAUACACCCAAGCGGUUCCAAGUACCUCUACUGAGGGGAUUAAGAGUAGGGACGUAGGCUCAAGUGAUGCAAACGUUCCAAGAAACAAGAUGCUACAAUACACCCAAGCGGUUCCAAGUACCUCUACUGAGGGCAUUAAGAGUAGGGACGUAGGCUCAAGUGAUGCAAACGUUCCAAGAAACAAGAUGCUACAAUACACCCAAGCGGUUCCAAGUACCUCUACUGAGGGCAUUAAGAGUAGGGACAUAGGCUCAAGUGAUGCAAAUGUUCCAAGAAACAAGAUGCUACAAUACACCCAAGCGGUUCCAAGUACCUCUACUGAGGGGAUUAAGAGUAGGGACGUAGGCUCAAGUGAUGCAAACGUUCCAAGAAACAAGAUGCUACAAUACACCCAAGCGGUUCCAAGUACCUCUACUGAGGGCAUUAAGAGUAGGGAUGUAGGCUCAAGUGAUGCAUAUGUUUCAAGAAACAAGAUGCUACAAUACACCCAAGCGGUUCCAAGUACCUCUACUGAGGGCAUUAAGAGUAGGGACUUAGGCUCAAGUGAUGCAUAUGUUUCAAGAAACAAGAUGCUACAAUACACCCAAGCGGUUCCAAGUACCUCUACUGAGGGGAUUAAGAGUAGGGACGUAGGCUCAAGUGAUGCAAAUGUUUCAAGAAACAAGAUGCUACAAUACACCCAAGCGGUUCCAAGUACCUCUACUGAGGGCAUUAAGAGUUGGGAUGUAGGCUCAAGUGAUGCAAAUGUUUCAAGAAACAAAAUGCUACCAUACAAUCAAGCUUUUCCAAGUACUUCUACUGUGGGGAUUAAGAGUAGCGACGUAGAUUCAAGUGAUGAGGACGUUGCAAGAAAUGAGGUAUCCAUUAGUACAGGAAUUCCAAUUAUCUCCAGCGUUGGGAUUAGGAGUAGUGACGACGUAGGCCCAACUUUCGAGGUUAUUCCAAGAACUGAAAUGAUACCAAAUAACCAAGCUAUUCCAAGUACCUCUAAAGAGGGGAUGAGCCCUACAAGUGACGGGAACCCAAGUGGCAAUGUACUGCCAAUUGAUGACCUUGGUGAAGGUGAUGAAUUGAUUUUUAGUAGCAAUCCAUGGCGAAAUCGAAAUGUAGGUGCUAGCAGCCACGUCGGACCAGAUGAAAUUAUGGAUAUUUAUUGCGCAGUAAUCCCAAGUAUGGAAGCUGCUCCAACCGGUGAUGAUUUGGCAAGUAGCGCUGUCGUCCCAACUGAUAAUAUGUCAGCAAGGGGCGCUCCGCCUAGCCAACCGCCGCCUCGCCACAUUUCCGACAGAGAAUAUAUGCGUCGAUCUUUCGGAUUUGCAAAGCUUAUGCCCAUCCGUGAUAUUGAUAUAUCCAGCAGUAGCAGUGAAGAAGAAGAAGAAGAAGAAGAAGAAGAAGAAGAAGAAAUAGAAGAACAACAACAACAACAACAACAACAACAGCCUAAUCAGUUCCAGCAUAUCGUACUGCCCCCUCGACGCCCGGGAAGGGUGACGAAUCAGCUUCUUUAUCUUAAAAAUGUCGUGAUGAAAGAGGUUUGGAGUCAUAAGUUUGCUUGGCCCUUCCAUAAGCCAGUAGAUGCACAAAAAUUGGAUCUUCCUAACUAUCACCAAAUAAUUUUGAGCCCAAUGGAUCUGGGAACUAUUAAAAAGCGGCUCCACUCCAAAUACUAUUAUUCUGGACAAGAAUGUGUCCAGGACUUCAGCCGUAUGUUUACCAACUGCUACAUCUACAACAAACCAGGCCAAGACAUAAUCUAUAUGGCAGAAGCUUUGGAAAAAGUAUAUCUUGCUCUGUUGAGGGAAAUGGAUAAAGAAGAGGUAGAAAUCGACACGCAAAACGGUCGGCGAAAGAGGCGCCGCACAUUGCUCUGCGAGCUUUCGCAGGACCCAGAGCUGAGGCGGAUGGAGCAAGAGUUUCUGACAGCGGGUGUGAGAACCCGCGCCGCCGUGCGCGCUCGCAGGCGUGAGAGGGAAGCCAAGGAAGCUAUCAGGAAGGAAGCUCUCAAGCAGGCAGCUAUACGAAGGAUAACCGAGAAGAGGGGCAAGUUGCCAGGGUUGUCCCUAAUAUCCCUAUUUGACGAAAAUUUGGGGAGACCAAGUUACGCGCCGGCCACUUCAACCGUCACGUCGGCCACUUCGACUGUCACGUCGGCCACUUCUACUCUCACGUCGACUACUCGUAAAACCGCGUCAGCCACUUCGAGCACCACGUUGAGAAAAUCGAAAAACACGUCAGCCACUUCGACAGUCACGUCGACAACUUCAACUGUCACGUCGUCCGCGGUAUCACGACCGCAACCAACGCUUGAGGUUAAAAAGGGACUUAAGAGGAAAUCCAGUAUCGCAACCGAGGAAAGGUCCAUUGAAGAAAAAGUUAGUAAAUAAUCUGCAACGAUUUCUUCUAUGAGAGGAAGCGGAGCCACACCAGUUCCCCACCAGCUAGCAAGGAGUAUAGAGUAUUCAUGAUCUCAAAAGUUGUAUUUAUAAUAAGUAGAAACAUACUUGUUAGUCGAGGUAAGAGUUUUUAUUUUCCUAUCAGUGACUACUAUUUCAAUGUAACCUUAUCAUAAAUAUAUAUAUAAUUCUAGUGUCACAAUGUUAGUUACCAUACUCUUCCGUAAUGACUUGAUCGAUUAUUAUGAGAUUGUAUAUGCAAUUUAGUAUGUCUAUGAAUCGGCUACUAAUACCCUAGGAGGGUUACACCCCUUAUAUAUAUUUUUUAUGUAUUUUUUUUACACCUGGUAUUUAUAUAUAUAGUAUAUACAUUAGUAUAUAAAGUAUAUUGGGCAGAAAACGUGCUCAAAUGCUCGUCUGUAGAAUGACAUAUAGUCAUAGAUAAGUCUAUAUAUAUAUGUGUAAGUGCACAAUGAAGGUAAUUCGUGUGCCUCGUAGCCGAUCACUUCCGUUUGUGAUUGUUGCGAUAGACUAGAGAACGUCUGAGUAUAAAAAAAGUAUUUUAUAUCCGAGUUUUCCAUUGGUGUCGGCAAGUUUCGGCUAUUCCCGUUCGCAAAUUUCGCACUUGAUUCGUUCAACUUCGGGAUUGCUCUUGUAUCGUGUCUCUCACUCCCUUGAUAUCGUUAGCUAGCCUAGCUGACAGGUAACCGGCCGAGCCGGCCUAAUUUUAGUUUUGAAUAAGUGUUCAUGUUCAAAUUUAUUUACCUUUGUUGAGACUGAUUAAUUUAAUUUUAAUUUUAUUAAUUACCUAUUUACGUAUUUGUAUAAUCUGUUUACAGUUUAUUAUAUAAUUACCCAUCUACUAGAUGUAUUAAAAAGAUUUUAACGUAUACACACAUAUAAUCUGUAGAAUUAUAAACGCCUAUUUAAUAGAGUUAUUCUUAAUCAACACAUGAUGUUAUCAAACAUAGUUUAAGUAUCGAUCUACUAGAUGUAAUCAAAAGAUUUGAAUUUAGACAUAAGAAUAUUGUGAUUGGACAAAAUAGAAUUCUCAAUUAAUGAGGUACUUUUUCCCA